AUGUGGGGUGUAGCAGCUGCAGACCUGGCCUUUACUGUUCCAUCGUCGCCGCCAUCGAAUUCCAGUGGACAACUCGGAGCGGCCCCGGUUGGUGUCUCUCUGGAAUUCUUUACUUUCCCGGCGUAUAUGGACAACGUUGCGGCAACUACAACCUGUCUCCAGAACUUGAAAGACUUGACCGGAACCUGGCCACCUCUUCGAAUUGGAGGCACGACUCAGGAUCGAGCCACUUAUGACCCAACCUUGACUUCAGCAGUCAGCUAUACCGUCGCCAGCUCUACAGACGCCCCGACUUCACUCACUUAUGGGCCGUCAUUCAUUUCACUUGCUGCAAGCUACGGCGGAGAAAUCAUUCUCGGCUUAAACCGUCGUCUGAACAACAUCUCCAACACUAUUACUGCAGCUAAGCUUGCUCAAAGCGAAGCAAGUAACCUGUAUGCCAUCGAGCUAGGCAAUGAGCCAAACUGUAAAGUUCAAAUUUUCCCUCAUCAAAGUCCAGAUGCUAAUUCGGCUAUCCCCGCAGUCUACACCAGCAGUGACCCAAUUGCUGGCGGCGCAUCGUGGACCGCUGCCGCAGACUAUGCCUCCCAGGUCAAGUGGCAGGAUGAAGUCUGUGGUAACUUGUCGGCAACCGAUAAAAUUUCAGCCGGAGUGUACUUUGGCACCUCGCCCAUGAGCAUUUCCGGGCUGACUGCCGUUGAAGGAAGCGCAAAUAAUUACGUGAAGUCAUAUUGCUCUCACAAUUAUCCCCAGUCAGCCAGCACCGCCAAUCUGGCAACUCUCAUGGGACAUAGCAGCAUUGCGUCUCAGAUUAGUGGAUAUUCUUCCGAAAUUACCGCGGCUACUAAUGAGGGUAAACCGCAUAUCUUUGGAGAAACGAACUCCGCGACUCAAGGUGGAGGUGGUAUCAGCCCAACCUUUGGAGCAGCUCUUUGGAUUCUUGACUACGUUAUGCAGACCCUGGUCAUGGGCACAAAGGCUCUUUAUUUCCACCAAGGUACCAUUGGAAACUGCCAGUAUUGUUGGUGGGGUAGAUAUGACAUGGGCGCCCCCUACUACGGCGCCUAUUUCGCAACCAUGGCCCUAGCCGAUGCUGAUCAAAUCGCACCACUGGACAGCCAUACUACCGCGUAUGCAGCUUACGCUAUCUACAAGUCUGGCGCUCCCGUCAGAGUCCUGCUGUAUAACUCCGACUACUACACCAGCGGAACGCGUUCCUCGCAGACAUACGUUCUCUCCGGGCUGUCUUCGUCAAGCGUCACGGCGAAGCGUCUCACGGCCCCGUAUGCCACUUCUCGAGUUGACCAAGGUAGCAAUCCCACUGUUGCGGGCCAAACUUUUGUAAAUGGAACCUGCGCUAUUCAGGGUACUCAGAGUAUUGAGACGGCUACUGUCUCCAGUGGGAAGGCAACAUUCACGGUGGCUGCGUCAGAGGCUCUCUUGGUGUAUCUGUGA